AUGUCGACAGUGGCUAAGGAAUUCAAGCCAGAGCAGAUAAUCGAGCAGUUGGACCAGGCCCGGACGUUGGCUUUUUCAAUGCCUGACACCUAUCCUCAGGUGUUGCGCCAAAUCUUGAACUUUGUGCAUAACCCUGAUAAAUCAAUUCAGAAGUGGUGUGUCAAGUUUCUCCAUGAAUCUUUUGUCAAAAACGACAAACUCAAACAACAUGACAAAAUAGAUCUUGCUUUAGAUACCCUAGAUUCAUUGAUUUUCUUGUCGAAUGUCAAAGACAUUGACACCUUUGAAUCUGUGAUAGACAUUUCCAGUGUGAUAUACAAGCUUGUGUUUCAGUAUGUAGCAGAAAAUGUCGGCUGCAACCAAGUAUGGAGUAAACUUACUGAGUUAAAGAAUUCGUUGGUCAACAAGUUCCAGUCCAAUUAUCCCUUGGAGCCAUCAGAUAAUGCCGAACACGAUAUGUUAAGAAAUAUACACACGAAGGUAGAAUUACUCAAGUUCAUCAUUAUUGUCAUAGAUUACCAGCUGCAGACCAACGUUGUCAAUGCUAACGGUGAUUCCACUCCACCUCCAGAUACAUUUUCGCUCAACAAAGUGAGCUCCACCCAUGCAUUGAUAAAGUACAGUAAUAUGGAGUACGAAUCUAAGAGCUUACUUGACUUAGUCUUGAAAGUAUUCUCCUACGAUAUCUUGAUUCCUCCUUUACUAUCGGCCAUUUUAAACCACUGCGUUAUUAUCAUGAAAAGAAAACCUCAAUACGCAAAUAAGAUCUUAAACAUUAUUGAAAACUACGACACGAACACAAAAUUCCAAUCCAACUACCAAUCUGUAGAACUGUUCAAGUUGUCAAAAAAGUACGUGGACCGUGCCCUAAAAAUCUUCAUUCAGCAUGUACUUAGACAUAACUUGGUUCCAUCAAAUUACCAGAAUUCUUUGAAUAAAAAACUAACCAUGUUGAUAGAUCGUGGUAAUGACAUCAGAAAGAAGAACAUUUUCAAUAUUGAAGAGCCAAAUAUUAAGAAGAGAAAGUUUGAAGGAUUCUUGAAUUCAGCAAAGAAAAUCAAAACCAUUGACUACAAGAAUUUGUAUUGCUUAAACGAUGUCGACAACGAAUUGAAUAAUUUCGAUUUGACCACGGUACCUCAGAAUAUAUUGGUUAGCAUGGUGAUCAAUGCUUUGGGCAAAGCAUCAGUAACCAAGUUAUCCAAGGCAUUGGAAAUUAUCGGUGAACGUUAUACUGAUGCAGUGGAAAGCAAUGUAGUUGCUGCACCAACAGUAAAGAAAGAAAUUAAACAGGAACGUCAAGGUUUUGAUGACGAGGAUGAUGAGGAUGGACCUACAGGUUAUGAUCCAGAUUCGGUCUACACUUUACCCCCACCAACAGAACUUUCUUUCCAGGAGAAGAAAGAUCAUAUCAGCAUUAUCAUAAAGAAUUUUUUCAACUUGGCUAAAAAUGCAAAUAUAGUCAGUGUGGAAGACAAAGAUGACAGCAAGACUCAAAACGGCGAAAUCAAUGUAAGCAAAGAGUUGACAAAAAUUGCAAUCAAGUCAUGGAAGAAGGAUAGUUGGAUUAUUCUUUUGACUAGGUUAGCAACUAGAGGCAUGAGAAGUGCUGACGAAGGUAAGUCUCCAGAUGAUAGAGCCAACAGUGAAAUAAGUGACAUGAUUAGGAACGCUAUUUUUGACUACUUCUUGGAUAACAUCCACGGCCGUAUAGACUUGAUCAUUGAGUGGUUAAACGAAGAAUGGUACAGCGAGAAGGUAUUCAACGAAGAGAUUGCAAUCAAAAAGACUGUGAGCUCAGACGGUCUACAUAUCCAGAUUGAGACUCCUAUUUACAACAAAUGGGCCGGUAAGGUUCUUGAUGCCAUGAUCCCUUUUUUGGAACCAAAUGACCGUAAAAUCUUCAUUCGUUUAAUGAGUGACUUGCCUUACUUGAACGAAGAUUUGGUUGGAAGAAUAAAGUCUUUGUGCUUAGAUCCUGUACGGUCUAAAAUUGGUUUCCUUUCCUUGCAGUUUCUUAUAAUGUAUCGCCCUCCGGUGAAACAAGCAUGCAUCAAUAUUCUACAAGAGCUCAGCAAUAGCGACCAAGAAGAUUUGAAAGAGGAAGCAUCCAAAUUGCACGCCAAAUACAAAUAG